CCGCCCAGCCCGCCGUCCGCGUCCGGCCGUCCCGCUGCGCUCCCGUGCCCCCAAGGGGCUGUAGGGCCGGGCGCGGCCUCGAGGGGCGAGGGCGGCGGGGCCCCUGGGGCCAUGCGCUGAGCGCCCGGAGCAGCCGGCGAGCGAAGUUGGGGUGGAAGAUGAACAACGCCGAAAUCUCAAAACCACCAUUAGCACCGAAACCAAAGAUUAUUGGUCAUCUUUCUCCAGCAUCUGUCUCCAAAUUUUCUCCUUCACUGCCAAGAGCUGAUAUUCUUCAUCACCCGAACUCUGUGUCUAGGGGUCCCAAACCACCUAUUGCUCCCAAGCCAAAAUUCUCAGCUGACACUGAGGGCAAAUCCAGUGUUUCUAACAACAAUAAUUUAAAUAAAUAUGCAAAUGGGAAACUGGUGUGUCUUGAUGGAGAGCUGUGUGAAGAAAACCAAUGCAAUGCUGAUUGCCUAGAAUCUGAUGCAGAUAGUGAAUACAUUGUAGUUCCUGAAGCUCAGCUGCCCAGAAAAGACUCUAAUGAUUUGGAACAUGAGCAUGAUCAAAACCUAGAUUCCUCUGUGGAAAAUGAAGUCUCAGAAACUCCAGAAAAGGUAGAGAAGGAAGAGGAUGACAUUGCUAGUGAUGAGAAUACCAGUAAUCGAGAAGUCAUCGAAGAUGAGCACCGUAACUCUUCAGAUACUGCUGAACCAAGGGAACCAGACUCUGAGGAGCCAUCCAGAGACUGUGGCCAGUCCAAAGCACUUUGUGAGGAGUCCUUAGAUACCCCAGAUAGGGAUAACAAUGCUACCAAGAAUGUAGAUGAAGAUGAGGAUGUUGUAGGUGAUUGUACUGAAACCAAAAUCCAGCAAGAAACUUCUUACAACCUGGAACUGGUCAAGAGCAGUAGUGAUUGUGAGACUGACAGUGAUAACGUCUUGAAUAGAGAUGAGAAACUAAUGGGUGAUACUUGUAGAGAUAUCAUUGCAAUGCCACUGCCUGCAGAUGAAUCAAUCCCAGCUUGUGAGAAGGUAGGACAAGAGGAGGAGGAGGAAUUGCCUGAGAUUUUAGAAAUGGCAGAUGAGUGUCUAGCACAAAAUGAUGACCACAAUGUGCAUGCAGAGCUUGAUUUGAACAUGGAAGGGGACUUAGAAAAUUAUGACUCUGCAAGCCCUGACAUGCUGCCUGAGGAGGCCAGUGAAGAAACAGGUCCUGAAUUAGAACUGUGUGGAGAUGAACUCGGUGCCAAAAAUGGUUUAGCAGAGUUCAUCCAUGAAGCAGCAGCUGAAGACGAGGAAGUAGACCCAAAUGAGCACAAUAAUACAAACACAGGAAAUGCCAGUGAUGACUGCCAGAUCACUGAGAGGAAAAGUGAGAAGACAUCAGAGGUAGCCUCUGAAGCAAGGAAAGACUCUGGAAAAGAGGAAGAAGAAACUGUAAAUGCAGAGAAUAUGGAUGAUAGGUGUCAGAUUGCACCUUGUGAGAAUGAAUGUCACAAGGAAAUACCUGUGGAACAUUCAGAUGAGAAUCUUCAAACAGAAGAGGCCUCUCUGCAUGAAGAUGGCAUGAUUUCUGAUAGUCUACCUUGUAGUCCAGGGAUGGAGCCAGACUUGGAAGUUGUAACCGUUGAAGAGCAUAGUGAAAAUACUGUGGAAGCCUCUAAGUCAGAUGAGUUGCAAGUCAAAGAGAAUGAGGUGGAAGCAAACAGCCUCAGCAAAAGUGUCCCAAAUUCGCCUCAAGAGGUCCCACUUGAGGAUGACUUAGAAAUCUGUAAGCAUGGCAAAAUUGAUGUAGAAUGUGGGACCAAACAUGUUGUGCAUGAAAAUCUAGCAGUCCCUGAAGUGGUCAUCGUGACUGAUGAAUCAGAGGAAAGAGAAACUAGCAGUGAUUCCCCAGAUGAUCCUUAUGUGCUUCCUGAAGAAAAUGAUAUUGUCCAUGAUGUGCAGACUGAUUCAGGAGCUGAUCACAGUAAAAGGGGUGAAUUAGGCAUGGAUGGUGAAAACAACUUGCUGCCCACUGAUCGUAAAAGUAUUGUCACUAGAACACGAUCUCUGUCUGGGAGAAUGCCAGGCUAUGUCCCAGAAACUGUUCCAGAAGAAACUGGACCUGAAACUGAUUUAUCCUCUUCCCGAAAUGGCUCUGGGACAGAAGAAUUGAGCAAUAAUUCCUUUUCAUUGGAAGGAAAACCAGUGGAAGCCAACAGGGCUUUACCAACCAAGUCAAGACGCUUUAUUUUAUAUCCUCGAUCUUAUUCUGUUGAAGGGAGAGAGAUACCUAUCUCUGUUUACAGAGAAAGUGAUGUCUGUGUACUGGAUGGUGUUAGAAUAAAAAGGACAGAAGACAACUUGUCCUUGCCUUGUGUCAAUGGUUCCUCAGGUAGUUUUUCCCAGCAAAAUCAUCUCUCAUCAUGUGGCAUAUCUACUCCAUCCUCAGUCGUUGAUAUACCACCUCCAUUUGAACUUGCCUACAUCACCAAAAAGCCAAUCACUAAAAGUUCACCUUCACUUUUGAUAGAGAAUGACUCACCUGCUAAGUAUUCCAAGAAAAAGAAAUCUUCUUUUAAGAGGUUUCUUACUCUAAAGUUCAAGAAGAAAACUGAAAAUAAAGUUCAUGUAGAUGUUAAUGUUUCUUCUUCAAGGUCCUCGUCAGAGUCCAGCUAUCAUGGGCCUCCCAGGCUGAUGGAGCUGGAAGGAAGGAGCCUAAGUAGCUCACCUCAACUAAAAUCGCAUGUGGGGAAGUUCCGUGCAUCUGAGUCUCCCUCAGCUGUUCUUUUCUAUAAGGAUGGUAAAAGAAAAGGAACACCCAAGUCCUUCAGCAGGAGUGUGUCAAGGGUGGAGUCCUUUGAGGACCGGUCCAGACCUCCUUUCAUGCCACUGCCAUUAACGAAACCUAGAUCUAUUUCUUUUCCCAAUGCCGACACCUCUGACUAUGAGAACAUUCCUGCUAUGAGCUCUGACUAUGAAAACAUACAAAUUCCUCCUCGGAGAUCCACUAGAGCAGGAACUUUUACCGAGUUUUUUGAAGAUCCCAGCAGGGCAUUAUCUGCUGCUAAUGAGAAUGAUGGCUAUGUGGAUAUGAGCAGCUUCACUGGCUUUGAGAACAAGCAGCAAACCACAGACCAGGAAACAGAAAGUGCCUACACUGAGCCCUACAAGGUUUGCCCAGUCUCUGUGACUCCAAUGGAAGUUGUCACAUCAGAUGAGGAACAAAACAGUUCAGAAGAUGAUGAAACCAGCCUUGGUGAUCCCAGUCUCACCAAGAAGAAAGAAGGACAGUCCAGAGCUUACCUCAUUGCCCAGGAACUAAUGUCAUCAGAAAAAGUAUAUGUGGAAAUGCUCCAGUUGUUACGUAUGGAUUUCUAUGAAGGUAUCUUGAAAGUGCUCGGAGGUGAUGAUGAAAAUGAACAAGAGGAAGUUAAACUCAAGCAAGGUUUAAGUGAACUCCCUGAAAUUUAUGAAUUACACCAAGACAUCCUGGAAGAACUGGAAGAGAGAGUCCUUAAAUGGGAUGAACACCAGAAAGUUGCUGAUGUUUUUCUCUCCAGAAAAUCAAGGCUGAAUCACCACAAAACAUAUAUUAUGCAGUUUGACAGGAAUUUGGCUUUGCUAGAUGAAACGUGCCUUAAAUAUUCCCAACUGGCGACCAUGAUUCAGGAGUUUGAGCAGAGGUCCGGUGACAGCCCUUACAGUGUGAAACACCAGCUUCUGAAAGUGGUACACCGUGUCUUCCAGUAUCGUGUGAUGCUCACAGAUUACUUGAAUAAUCUUUGUCCUGAUUCUACAGAGUAUGAAGCCACACAAGCUGCCUUAUUAAUUGUUUCUGAAAUCACGGACCAAGCCAAUGACAGCAUGCUCCAAGCGGAAAACUUGCAGAAGCUAGUACACAUUGAGCACAGUGUAAGAGGGCAGAGUGACCUCCUCCAACCAGGAAGGGUGAGUGCUGCAGGCAGACCUAUGCUGAUCUUUGUUAAAGAGGGAACCCUGAUGAAAGUCUCUGGCAAAAACAGGCAUCCUCGACAUUUGUUCUUGAUGAAUGAUGUUCUGCUGUACACAUAUCCCCAGAAGGAUGGCAAAUACCGACUGAGAUACACUUUGGCGGUGUCAAGCAUGAAGGUCAGUCGCCCAGUGAUAGAGAAAGCCCAAAACAUCUUGAAGAUUGAAUAUGAUGAACAUUGCCUGACCCUGUCAGCAAGCUCUUGCUCAGAAAGGGAUGACUGGUACAGCUGCAUCACCAAACACAUCCCAGAUGACUGCAAAGCUCACGAGACUUCGACUUUCCACAGUAGCGUGGAGCUAAGGGAAAAGUUUGGAAUACCCUUGGGUGAGAGGCCUCCUACACUCGUGCCUGUGUCCCAUGUCAUGAUGUGCAUGAACUGUGGCUGUGACUUUACCCUCACUUUAAGGCGACAUCAUUGCCAUGCCUGCGGGAAGAUUGUAUGUCGAAAUUGUUCAAGAAACAAGUACCCCAUGAAGUACCUCAAAGAUCAAGCAGCCAAAGUCUGUGAUAGCUGCUAUGUGGAACUUAAGAAAAGAGAGCGGCCACUAAGUGUGAGCUUCCCUCCAACUUCAUCCAGGUGUUCAAGCAGUGCCUUCUCCUCUGUUUUCCACAAUAUUCAUUAUUCAUCUUUUAAGAAACAGAAGAAAAUCCCUUCGGCUCUCAUGGAGGUGGCAGCCUCAGAAGAGGGAGCUACCAUCAGUGGUUACCUCAGCAGAUGUAAGGGAGGCAAAAGACACUGGAAGAAACGCUGGUUUGUUAUCAAAGGCAAAGUCCUCUACACCUACAUAGCAAACGAGGACAAAGUUGCUACAGAAAGUUUGCCUUUGUUGGGUUUCACCAUUGCUCCAGAAAAGGAGGAAGGAAGCAUGGAUACAGUUUUUCAUCUCUACCACAAGCAGACGCUCUUUUAUAGCUUCCGAGCAGAGGAUAACAAUUCAGCACACAGGUGGAUUGAAGCCAUGGAAGAAGCAUCCAUAUUAUAGCAGCUUUCACUCAAUGAACUUGGAAUAAAUUCUCAGAUUUCUAUACAUUUCCAGCAACCCUCUUCUCACUUACAAAACUGAACAGUGUAUUUCAGGCCCACUGGCCACACACACUGGAUAUGAACUGUUUCCAGCUUGCUCUUUUUCUUCCUUCUUCUUACAUACACAUUGUUGCAAAUGAAAAUUUCAAGAUAAGAGAUUAUUUAUGGUGAUCUUUAUGUCUGUGCAAGUUCAGCCUGUACUAUAAGCUUCUCUUCUGAUCCCACAGUAAACUAAGUCUAACAUCAAGACCACAAAAUACAUGGAAAUAUUGACUAUAGUAAGUUAACAGACUCAGUUUUACUUAUUCCAGACCACUAUCGUAUUUCAUUGGGUUGGUUUUGAUGUCUACCGUGACAUAAGAAACAAUGCAGUAAACAACAAAUGAUCAUUUAAAGCACUUUAUAAUUUUUUAUUGAACUACAGCUUAAUUUUCUUCAUGUUCCUAAGGAGUUCUGUGGCCUGAUUUAUUACUCGUCCAUUAACAGGCGCCAGCAUGAAAUUAUGCCCCGCGUAUGCUAAAUUGCUUCCACAGAAAAUGAAGGAAAAGCACCUUCAAUUUACCUGGUCUACCAACACUUCACUGACUAUGAUCCAACAUAGUUACUUACUAUCAAUUUAUAAUUUUACACAAAUCACCGUAUAAUUUAUGUUAAAGGUUUAGUUUUGUAUCACUGCAGUACUUUGAAAUGCACUCGAGUAGCUCUACAGAUCCAGAUGCUGAAUUUUAUCUCUCUAAAUACUUCAGACUCAAACCCAAAGGUUAUUUUUAAUUUAUUAUAAAACUACAGACAGUUUUUAUUUAACACAUCUACCUAGUAGUGUUAAGAUUUUUAUCAUCUAUUUAAAUACUGUAUCUUUAUUUUCAAAAUUCCUGUUGUUUCUGCUGUUGUUAUUAUGAAAAAUGUCAUCAAAAGUUUAAUCCACAUAAUCAGCACAGCAUUUGAAUUAUGGUGGGUGGACUGAAAUGCACUUGUCUGAACCUGCUCUGCUGGAGUCAUUUGGAACUCCUGUGGCCACACCUGUCCUAUGUCAGACUGCUGAGGUGCUUUACACCAGCUGAGGAUAUAGAUCUCUGGAGUUUGGGGGGUGGGGUUUUUUGUUUGGUUUGGAUUUGUUGGGGUUUUUUUGGUUGUUGUUGUUGUGUGGGUUGGUUUUUUUUGUUUUUUGGGUUUGUUUUUUUUGGUUUUUUUUUUUUUUUUUUGCUUUUGUUUGUUUGUUUUUGUGGGGUUUGUUUUGGUUUUUCUUGUUUGUUUGUUUGGUUUUGUUUUCUUGUUUUGGUUAUUGUUGUUGCGGUGGGGUUUUUUAGUGUUUCGGUGGGAGUUUUUGUAAAGAAGAUUGAGAAGUGAUGUUCUAAUCGUUGCAAUACAGUGGUUUUGUCCUCAGUCAUAAUAUUUAACUGAGGAACAGAAUGACAUCUAUGAUUAAAAUAUAUCUUUGUAUAAAAAUAACAUGCUCAAGAAUUUACUUACAUUAAAUUAUAUUGAUGGGAAUUUUUAUUACUUUUAUUUUUCACUUUCUUCAAGGAACUUAAUGGAGAUCUGAAUUUUUGACCCUAACAAAUUUUUUAGAAUUGUCCAUAUUUUUAAAGGUCUAUAAUAUAUAUCCAAAUGGUAAGGUAGAUCAGUUUAUCACCUGGAUAAACAAACUUAAAGAAACAAAUACACAUCUACACUAAAUAAAAAAAUCAUUUUUGGGGUUUUUUUUGAUACAUCUGAGUCUGACCAUUUUUUUGACCAUCUGAGUCUAAGCAUAUAUUAUCACAUGCAAACAGAAACCAAGAAUGAGAAAAAUAAAACUUUUGUAUUCUUUAGUUAAUGGAUGAACAGCAAACUUAACUUUCAUGUAAGAGCCAUGGCCUUGCUACCAAUACACUGUAAAUGUUUAUCCCCCCUUGAAAACAUUUUGCACUGACAAGAAAAAUAAGACAACAUUGAAUACAGAGCAAGAUCUCUAACCGUGGUCUGAAACAAAACAAAACUGCACUACAGGAUGACAAUAUUAUGAAGACUUAGGUGCUGACAUGUAGUGACUGUUGUAUGAAGCUUUCAGUUAGAAGCAGGAAAUGCACAUGAAAAGAUUUUGUUGUAAAAAAUAAGAUACAGUGCUAUUAAACAUUGGUUUAAGUAAUGUAGAGAAAUAAAAGAGCAAAAUAUAACUGCAGUUCUACAGGCUUUUCCUUUACACCAUUACUACCUUUGAGUCCAGCUUUGCAGUUCCAGUUACUGUUAAUGGACACUUGCCUAUUAAACAGUUUUCUGACAAAUAAGGAAAAGCAUCAAAUCAGAAGAUGGUACUGGAGGCCUUCUGGUAGAAACAGGAUUUAGACCUAAUUGGUUUGAUGAUGUCUUUCAAUCACACUGAUUUAUCUUCUAUAAAGCCCAUCUGCUUUAUUUCAUCUUGACUUCAGUUACAGAUACAAAUGGUCUCAAUGCAGCAUAAAGACAAAAAAAAAAAAAAAAAAAAAAAAAAAAAAUGUCCUCACAAUCUCACAAUUUCAGUCCUACUGUUAACUGAAUUUGAGCAAAGCUAAGCACCAGAGAUAGAAAUUUUAAUUUCAGAUUUAACCCAGUAAUCACCUUUUAGAAAAUGCUAAUAUAUUAAAAUAGAGGUAUAUAUUCAGUUUACUACCUGACAUUUAAUUACACAGCUUUUUCUUACUAAUUUAUAGCU